CUAAGGACAAAAGGUCAUGUACUUUUGUACAAGCUAAUCCAAUUGCCGUAGUGGGAAGAGUCGAGAACGAAAUAAAUUCAACAAUAGAACAAUCCUCAUGCAUAAAUGCUAAGAAAUUGUCAGCGGUUUUGCUUAAAGCACAAUCUUUACAACUGCACAAGGUUGGAUGAUUUGCAUUAGAUGAUGAUUCCCUGUUUUGCACUGAAAAUAGCGAGGUUAUUGCAGGUGGAUUAAAAAUGAACCAAACUGUUCAUUCAUGGCUUGGUUGCGGAUUGAAUCGAGUGAGCAGGUUAACAGAAAAAGGUGCUUUGUUAUAUUGAUAGCACUAUUUUCAAUUUAUGUCAAUUCCAAUCUCAUCCAAGCUACUCCUGAAGGGGAUGCACUCCAAACAAUAAAAGAAAUGCUUCAUGCAGAAGUAAACUGGAUAGGGAAUAAUCCCUGCCAAGGUUGGGAAGGUGUGAAUUGCUCCGAUAAUCAUGUAGUUGACUUAAAUCUCUCGGAAAAGAACCUUCAUGGUAAACUGCCUGCACAAAUUGGGUUACUUUCCUACUUAAAUUCCUUAAAUCUGACAAGUAACUCUAUAGAAGGAAAUAUUCCAACUGAAAUAGCUAACUUGACAAAUCUUCAUAAUUUGAGUUUCCGAUACAAUUUAUUAACAGGGGGAUUUCCACAGGUUAUCUUGAAGCUGAGAAAACUGGUAGUUUUGAGGCUUGAUAACACCCGUUUGUCAGGGCCAAUUCCUUCAGAUAUUCAGCAACUAUCUUCACUAGAAUACUUGUAUUUGGGCAAUUGCUCCUUCUCUGGGCGCAUCCCCACUGAGAUUGAAAAGCUUUAUAAUCUCAAAGUCUUGUCAAUAUGGGGCAAUUUUAUCAAUACAACAAUUCCAGUUGAGCUGAGCAAAUUGACAAAUCUUGAGAUACUGAAUCUCCAUGACACUCACAUGUAUGGUAGCUUGCCUCCAGAAUUUGGCAGCCUUAACAAGAUGAAAAAUCUGUCACUUCAGGCCAAUCUCUUUACUGGGACUGUUCCCGAUUCCUGGAUUUCUAUGGUUAAUAUUAAACACCUAAAUGUUUUUGAUAAUCGAUUAAGUGGACCCUUUCCUACCUGGCUUUCAAGAUUCAGUACCAGAAUAAAUUUAGGUUGUAACUACUUCUUUGGGCCAAGUCCAAGAGGCUUUCCUGAGACUACUUUUGCAGGAAAUUGUCUGGAUUCUGACCUGGAUAGUCAUGCAAAAUGCUUGGGUUCAUCCAGUUGUGUUUCCUUUUAUUCUCAACCUGAAAAUGCUCAAUCUGGAUACCGUCUUCAACAUCACAAACAGAAGCACACAAGGAUUGUCUUAGGGGCUUCUAUAUCUGGUAUUUUGUUGCUUGUGAUUCUUGUUGUCACAUUUUAUGUAUUGAAGAGGAAAAUCAAGCAGGCAGGAAACUCACAAUUGCUUCCUGUUGGUACCCAGUCAAGCACAGAUACUUUGGGAAGUGAUAAUAUUGAGCCAUGGGAGGUCCCAAAUGGAAUGCGAAGAUUUAGUCUGAAUGAGAUUGUAAAAGCCACAGAAGGCUUUAGUAAAACCAAUGAAAUUGGCUUUGGAGGGUUUGGUAGGGUCUACAAAGGUUAUCUUGACAAUGGAUGCAUGGUGGCCAUCAAAAGGGCAUCUCCUUCAAGCUUUCAAGGACACAAAGAGUUUCAGAAUGAAAUAGUCAUUCUUAGUAGAUUACAUCACCGCUGUCUGGUGAAGCUUGAAGGGUUCUGUGAGGAAGGCAUGGAGCAGAUUCUGGUGUACGAGUUCAUGAAAAAUGGCAAUCUGAACAAUUUGAUAUCAAACAAACAAUUACAAGAGAGUUUAAGUUGGGACAAAAGGAUCGAAAUUGCUAUUGCAAUUGCACAAGGACUUGAUUACUUGCACUCAAAUAUUGACCCUCCUAUCAUACAUCGAGAUGUCAAACCAAGCAAUAUUUUGCUGGACGAACACUUCAGUGCUAAAUUAUCAGACUUUGGUAUCUCCAGGACCACACCAGAUAUAAUCAACACUCACAUUUCAACUGCACCAGCAGGCACUAUGGGGUAUGUGGACCCACAGUAUUUUUUGCGGCGUCACUUGGCUCCAUCUAGUGAUGUAUAUAGCUAUGGAGUAGUUUUACUUGAACUCAUUACUGGACAAAAGGCCAUCGAUCAUGAUCGCUUAGAAGAAUUUAAUCUUGUUGAAUGGGUCAAGAUCAAAUUUCAAGAAGAUAACUUGGAAUCAAUUAUAGAUCGCCAUCUUUUGCAUGGCAAUCCUCUCCAAGAGUUUUUGCCUGUGAUUAAAUUAGCAUUGAAAUGUACUACAUUUGAUAGAGUUGGACGUCCAUCCAUGAAGGACGUUGUACAAAUACUGAACCCUUUGCUAAAGAACCAUUCUACUUCUAAACAAGAAAACAAACCGCCUGUUAUUGAAGCUAUUGAAAGUAGCCUUAUACCAUAUUCCCAAAGCUCUACAACGCAGGAAACAUUUACAUUAAAUGAUAUGACCUUCACCCUCACUGGGCGUUGACAUUCAUUAGAAAACCCUAUGUGCAGUAGCCCUUUUGCUUUAAAUAUUCAUCUCAGCACUUUCUUCCUACCAUUCAAUAUUUGAUUUGUACAGUUAGUAUCUAAAUAAACUUUCGAAAAUCAGUCCUAUUCAAGGUUACAAAUCUCUCAUUCAGUUUCAAUUUUGAUUUUAGGUCAUCAGCUAUGAAAGGCAAUCUAACAAUACUUUUUAAAUUCAUAUCCUCGUAGAUAUUAGUAGGUUUAACCAGUGGUUAAAUGCAAGCUUGCUGCGAUCACAGCCUACUGUUAUUGGCCUCAAAUAUUGUCGUAGUUAUAUGCAAGGAAGUUUUAUCACAAACUAUGCAUAUUUUAUUGUUAUCAUGUUAUUCGUAACCUGUUUCUGGAUAUAUUCGUGUAGUUUAUUCUAUUUAGUGAGUAACCUCAAAUGAUGUAGAAGUAAUGAAAUUGAAAUAUAAUCAAAAUUCUGCAAUUCAA